UUGAAUGUUGCCUGUUAAGCGCUAUUUCAAAUAAAUGUGUACAUUGGGUACUUGGGUAACUUAACUCACAUUAAAACCAGGCUGACAAAAAUAGUGGACCUAGUCAACUUAAUAUAGUUCUUCAACAAGUAUUGUCGCAAUGGAUCGUGGGACUAAACGUGCUAGAUAUAGUCCAGAAAAUGAGAAGAGUAGCACUGUGUCGGAGAACCCUAAGAAAGAUGAUUCGUCAAAAAAUCCUGACAAGUUCACCAACAUAUUUGGUAAAACUGGUGGUGCAUAUAUUCCCCCUGGUCGACUUCGUCAAAUGCAAGCCCAGAUAACUGACAAAUCAUCUGAGGCCUAUCAACGAAUUGCUUGGGAAGCACUGAAAAAAUCCAUCCAUGGUUUUAUUAAUAAAGUGAAUGUAUCCAACUUAUCUGAAGUUGUCAAACAACUACUCAUGGAAAAUAUUGUUAGAGGUAGAGGUUUAUUUGUUAGAUCCCUUUUAACCGCACAAUCGGCAUCACCAACUUUCACCCAUGUUUUCUCGGCCCUUGUUGCUGUUGUAAAUUCGAAAUUUCCCAAGGUAAACAAAAUGCUAUCAGUUUAUGAGAUUAUAUAUGUGAAAUUAAUUGUUAAUAUAUCUCUGGACUUUAAAUUUUAGUUAACGCACAUUUGUGUGCUGCUCCACGUUCACAAUAACAGAAUAGCUUCAUCAAAUCACUUUAUUCUAGAAGGAAAGAUGCAUACCAUAAAUAAAAGACAGUAUAAAUCUUGACGUAUGGUUUUAAAGUUACUGUGUGGCGCAAGUUCAUAAAAACCAACCGACCUUUCUGAACCCGUUUCAAGAUUUAGUCACACCAACCACCAAGACUGGAGUGACUUUCAAGGUUGGAGAACUGGUUCUUAAACGAUUAAUCAAUGAAUUCCGUAAAGCAUUUCGACGUAAUCAAAAAGAUCGAUGUUUGUCUACCGCACGAUUUCUAGCUCAUUUGGUCAACCAAAAAGUCGUUCAUGAAUUAAUAAUCCUGGAACUAUUGACGUUACUACUAGAGCAAACAACCGAUGACAGUGUAGAAGUGGCAGUAUCUGUUCUUAAAGAAUGUGGUGCAAUGCUUUCACGUCUUGUACCAAAAGGUGUACAUGGAAUCUUUGAACAUCUUCGACGUAUCUUAAAUGAAGGCCAAUGUGAUAAACGUAUUUCUUAUAUGUUAGAAGUUAUGUUCCAGAUUCGUCGUGAUGGAUGGAAAGAUCAUCCAAUUGUCUUGCCAGAACUUGAUUUAAUUCAAGAAAGUGAUCAAAUCACUCAUACAACUUCACUUCUUGAUCAAGUAGAUCCAGAAGAACAUUUGAAUGUGUUUAAAUUCGAUCCAGAGUUCUUGGCAAAUGAAGCAAAAUAUGCUGAAAUUAGAGAAGCAUUAUUUGAAUCGAAUGAAGAUUCAGAAGCUGAGUCAGAUGGUGAUAAUGAAGGUGAAAAUUCAGACGAAUCAGGUAAUGAAGAUGAUAACGAUGAUGAAGAGGAUGAAGAACAUAAACGUAGUGCCGCUGCAACUGCAGAGAACCAACAAACAAUUAUUGAUCAAACAGAAACAAAUCUAGUCCAUCUACGUCGUACCAUCUACUUAAUGUUGCAAAGUAGUUUAAGUGCAGAUGAAGCUGGACAUCGUCUGCUACAGUUGAAAAUCAAACCUGGAGAAGAGUAUGAAGUGGCUUCUAUGGUUUUAGAUUGUUGUGCUCAAACACGUAGUUAUGAAAGCCGUUAUGGUCGAUUAGCACAAAGACUUUGCCGAGUUGUCUUUCCAUCUAGUACCCCAUCCAACACGGGAUCUACUACUGUUUCUGUAAGCUCUGACUUAGGUCCCGGUAGCCGAUAUAGAAGUAAUAAAGAGGUCAGUAAGCCUACAGCAAAAGAAGAAACUCCUGCACCGGUUGUAGAAGAAUCAGGUCCACCCCGUAGUUAUGUUGCUCAGUUUGAAAAGAUUUUCUCUGAACAAUACUCAAUUAUUCAUAGAUUGGAAACUGCAAAAUUACGUAAUGUUGCUUUCUUGUUUGCUCAUCUUUUAUACUCUGAUUCUAUAUCAUGGGGUGUAUUUGAAUGUGUACGCUUGAAUGAACGUGAUACGACUUCUUCUGGACGUAUAUUUCUCAAACAUCUUUUUCUGGAACUUUGUUCAUUUAUGGGCUUAUCGAAGUUACAAUCAAGACUUCGUGAUGAAACACUUCAGCCAUUUUUUGCCGGUCUUCUACCACGUGAUAAUCCUAAAGAUACGCGAUUUGCUAUUAAUUUUUUAACCACAAUUGGUUUAGGCGGUUUAACCUUAGACCUUCGUGAACAUUUACAAGCAUCACGUGAUUCAGCGUUGGCGAAAAAAGAAUCUGAAUCCAAAAAUAAAUUACCGUCAUCCGUCUUAGGUGAUAUAUCAAUUUCAUCUUCGUCGUCUUCUUCAAGUUCAUCUUCUAGUGAUGGUAGUAGUAGUAGUGAAUCAGAGUCAAGUUGUUCAAAUGAUGAAAAGCAUCGUAAAAAAAGGAAACAUUCUAAAGACAGGCAUAAAUUACAAAAGAAGUCACAUAGCGAUCGUCAUCAUCACGAGCAUCACCAGCAUACUUCAUCGAAACACUCUAAAAUGCCAUCGGAUAGAAUUUCCAAACAUUCUGAUCCAUCACAUAAAGAUGAUAAAAGGUCUCGUUUAAAAACUCGUCCUGUGGAUACUCCAUUUUUCAAUGAUACACCCAAUUCUCCUGCCCAUUCGCGUCAAAUAAAAAUGAGAGUGAAAUAACUAUGCCUUUUUAUUGACAUUUUUACAGUUCCUAUAUUUGUACAAAAAAUUGUAUAAUUAUUUAUAAAGAUAUGUUUUUCAUUUGAAUCUUAUCAUUUUGUUGCAUCCAGCAAAAUUAGUCGUCGCUUUUUUAAUAAAAUUUAUCUCCGAGAUAUUUCGAAACCUUGUUUCUUUCUAAAAAAAAAUUACAAUUACGUUUUACAUAUUCUUGGCUACCGUUUACUUGAAGUCGCAGUAUUGUCUGAAAUAGGAAUAGGUUGUUAAAGAACCAGAUACAUUAGCCCAUGAAGUUGUUAAAUAUUGAACUUAGCUAUGUUGGUAGGCACGGAAUACACGUGGUU